CCCAGCCACGGGUUCAUUAAGUCUGACUAGACAAAAAAAGAGGGUGAAAGAGGUUGUUUUGCGAGAGGGAUACAGAGCGAGGGAUAGAGAAAAAGUGAGUCUGAGGGUUGGAGGGAUAGACAGAGAGUGCCCGAGAGAUAGGAGAGAGAUAGAGAAAGAAGGAGAGUGGCAGUGUGAGGAGGGAUAGAAAAGAGAGAGAGAGAGAGAGAGAGAGAGAGAGAGAGAGAGAGAGAGAGAAAGGGAUAGAGAGAGUUUAUUGUCUGUAUUGACCCUAUAUCCAGCAGAGCCAUGAGUGGAUGCCCAUACUUCGCGAAGAGAGACAUCCGACAUCAGCAGAAGGACGAGGAGGAAAGAGAUGACUCUCAAGAUGGGACUAACAAGGCCAGCAAAGGAGGGAUCAUCUACGGAGACUACCUGCAGCUGGAUAAGGUUGUGACAGCUCAAGUUCUCCAGAGUGAACUAAAAGGCAAUAAGAUCCAUGAUGAGCACCUGUUCAUAGUUACUCACCAAGCGUAUGAGCUGUGGUUUAAGCAGAUCUUAUGGGAGCUAGACUCAGUCAGGGAAAUCUUCAUCAGUGGACAUGUGCGGGAUGAGCGCAACAUGCUGAAGGUGAACACACGCAUCCACAGGAUCGUCAUGAUCUUCAGGCUCCUGGUCGACCAGUUUAAUGUUCUGGAGACUAUGACUGCUUUGGAUUUUUUUGAUUUUAGGGAGUACCUGACUCCGGCCUCUGGCUUCCAGAGUCUGCAGUUCCGUCUCCUGGAGAACAAGAUUGGCGUCCCUGAUAAUCUGCGUGUUCCUUAUAACCGGCGGCACUACCGGGACAACUUCCGCGGGCAGGACAGCGAGCUUCUCUUCGAAUCCGAGCAGGAGCCCUCACUGAUACAGCUGGUGGAGCAAUGGCUUGCACGCACCCCAGGUCUUGAGGAGAACGGAUUCAACUUCUGGGGGAAACUGGAAGUCAACAUUACAAAAGCACUGAAGAUGGAGAAAGAGAAACUAGAGAGAAAGCCAGAGUCGGAGGAUAAAGAUGAACAUAUGGCAGAAUUCCAUAAGCAGAGAGACGUGCUGACAUCCCUGUUUGAUGAGAAAAGACAUGAUCACCUUGUGAGUAAAGGUGAGAGGCGGCUGUCCUAUAAAGCCUUGAAGGGCGCUCUUAUGAUCUACUUCUACAGAGAGGAGCCUCGCUUCCAGGUGCCCUUCCAGCUGCUGACAUCCCUGAUGGACAUCGACACCCUCAUGACCAAAUGGAGAUACAACCAUGUGUGCAUGGUGCACAGGAUGAUUGGCAGUAAGGCGGGAACAGGCGGAUCCUCAGGGUACCAUUACCUUCGUUCCACCGUCAGCGACCGUUAUAAGGUGUUUGUGGACCUGUUUAACCUGGCCACCUUCCUGGUACCGCGAGACUGGGUGCCAAAGCUCAACCCCACAGACCACCCCUUCCUCUUCACUGCAGACACCUGCUGGGACAGCUCCUACUGCAGCAGCGACGACUCCGACUAAAGACACGACGGAGGAGGGGGAGGGGGGCAAGAGAGGUGACCAUGGAGUGAAGCCAGAGAGAGAGAGAGACAACAAGAGAGAGAGGGAGAGACAGAGAGAGCAAAAGAGACGGGGGAGAGAGCGAAAGAGAGGGGGGUGGGGAGAGCGAAAGAGACGUGGAAGGGGGGGGGGGGGGAGUGGGAGGGGUAUCAGUCAUGAGAGAUGACCACGGAUCAAAGGCAAAGGGGGCGGUUUCAGAGGUUAAGGCAGGCAGAAUAGCGAUAGAAUAUGCCAUGAAUUGUGGAAAAGAGCAAACAGAGUAAAGAGCAAAGAGGUCGGUGAAGGUGCAAAGAGGUUGCUGAAGGUGCAAAGAGGUCGGUGAAGGUGCAAAGAGGUCAGCUGAAGGUGCAAAGAGGUCAGCGGAAGGUGCAAACAGGUCGCUGAAUGAUGGUACCAGAAUCAAACAGAGGACCUUGCACCCAAGAGUGACAACCUCCCUUCAUUCCACCUGUACUCUUCAUAUUUCUGGUGGUGUGACUCACUAGAACAUCCAAUCAUUCAAAACCAAACAGCUUGCACUGCCCACUUGCACAGAGCUAUGUAUGUACAUACUGUUGAUAAAUGUGCACAGUAUUUUUAAUGCUAAUGAUUAACAAAGGUGAGAUUUCUGUACAUAAAAAUGUUACUGAUUUUGAUUGGUAUUAUGCCUAUUUUGUGCUUUUUGUACGAACUGCAAAUAGCUGUUAUGACUUUUAAGUAUGACAUGACUGAACGCCUCUGUGCACUGCAUUGUACUGAAGAAGUCCCGACUGCAAUGUUAUAAAUGUUGUUUUAAUGUUCUCAUAUAGGAUUCAGUAUAAAAAUACACAGUUUCUCACUUCACAGUUUUGUUGAAGUACAAAAAUAAAAUUGUAUUCAAAAUUCA